AUGGCUGCUGUAGAUACAAAACGGACUGCCCUGAAGCGUUUGGAGAAGGAGAGACUAAAUCUCCUUGGACAACUGGAAGAUUUGGCUCAAGAAGCUGCAGAGCACAGGCUCGUGUUAAAGACUCUGUGUGAACUUCCAGAGGACAGGAGAUGUUAUCGCAUAGUUGGUGGAGUUGCAGUCGAAAGAACAGUAGCAGAAGUUAAACCCGCACUGGAAACCCAUGCGACAAGGGUUGAAAGCGCCCAGAAAAAGGUUGACGAACAGCUGAAUUUUAUAAAUGAGGAAAUCUCAAAGUUGGCUGGCGAUGUGCGUGGAGCUUAA